AUGGACGAUAAGCUGUAGUCGCUGCCAACCAAUCGCACGUUGUCGCACGAACGCUUCAUGUCGCCAAGAUGGCGAUCAAGACCAAAACAUUCUCUCUGGCAGGCCUGGCUUGCACUGUCCUCUGUGUCGUGGCCAUUGUCGUGUCGUUCGCUUCUGACCGGUGGGUUGUGUCCACGGAGAAAGAGGUGUCCGGUUUUAAAAAUAUUGGACUGUGGUCAGCGUGUUUCUCACGGUACAGGCCGCCUGCAUACGCCUUGGUGGACAAGUUUUACGAUGGCUGCUGGUGGGUUCUAGACAGAGAGAUGGACGAUCUGAGAGUGUUCCUGUUUCCGGGCUGGUUUGUGGGCACGCAGGUUCUGGUGUCCAUUAGUUUGUUCUUUGAACUACUGGCCACCAUCAUCCUCAUCGUCAACAUCAUCAACUGUUUUCUUUACCACCCUCUCAAGCUUCAGAUCACCAGGGGCCUGUCUAUGUCAGCUGCCAUUUUACAUGGACUCACAGGGAUCCUUCUUGCUGUUGCUGUCAUCAUGUUUGGGGCAAGGGCUGAUAACUCCAGGACAUGGCUUGAGAAACCGGACCAGAAUUAUCUCUCCUGGUCAUUUGGAAUCUGUGUGCUAGCAGUUUUUCUGGCCAUCAUAGCCAUGAUGUUCCAGUUCUUGGAGUUCUUCAGAUACCGCCUAGAGCACGGUCAGGUUGACGAGCCCAAGGUUUACUUCACCAAGGACCCCCCACCUGCCACUAAUUACGCGUACUCUCAUCAAAACAACUCCCAGUCCAGCAUCAACACUGCCCACAGUCUCAAGUCCCCAGCCUAUGCCAGCAGGUACCAAGGGUCGCAGUCGUCCAUUAAUGCCAGACCUCCUGACACAACAUUUGCAGUCAGUGGCAGGGGUGAGGUGUACAUCAAUGGGCUGGCCAACCCUCCGCCAGCCUACCACUCCCCCAGGACCAACCCACGCUCGUCCACCUACUCACAGAGGCGACAGUACGAUGACCCUGACUCCCAGAGAGCUGUAGACAAGAACGGGACACAAAAAUCUGGCGCAGGCCGCGGCAAUGAUUACGAGGAAUCAAAACAAAUCAAGCAGCCCGUAUUGCCUGAGUAUGUUAAAAAAGGUGAUGAGAAGAAAAAGUCAUUCAGCGACUCUUCAGAAGGUUCAGACGUUAGUGAUGGUGAGGCUGAAAAAAAGAAAAUGAAUGUUUCCAGUGUCAAGAAAAAGAAAAGUUCAGAGAGUAAGAAAUCCAAAUCCAAGAGCAGGUCAGAUUCCGAGAACAGGAAGAAGAAAAAGAAGUCUGAUGAGAAGGACGAUAAACGGCGUUCAUCUAAAAAACACAGAAGUAAAGAUGAGGAUUCAGAUGAAGAUAGGUCAAGGUCAAGAAGUCGAAGGCGGUCAAGCAAGGGAAGUUCACCCCACUCCAAGAGACGCAGUAGCCGAUCACGUGACCGAAGUCGCUCAAGAGACUUAAAUUCAACGUAUUCCGACUCUGAUGCUGGGUCUGUACGCAGUAGGUCACGUCGCAGACACGACAAGGAUGAAGCCUUCAGUAGGAAAGAUGGCAAAAGACGAUCUGCUUCAGAAGAUCGAUCAAAAAGUAAAAAAAAACAUUCAAGACGAGAAAGCAAAAAGCCAGGCCACUACAGUGAGGAUGAUAUAUCUGGGUCAGAGUACAGCAGCAGACGUAAGACCAAAUCACACGGCAGCGAGUCAGGACGGGUAAAAAAGUCCAGGUCUCGUGAAUUUUCUGAUAAUGAAAGUGUUCAGAGCAAACAGAGUAGACGUACAGUUGAUAAACCAAAGGGGACGUACUCCAGCUACUAUGAGUACUAACUUAGUGAACAUUAAUUAAAGGCAGUUUUGUGUAUGUGAGCAUUUUGUUCUAUUUUUGGCAUGAAAUCUAAUGUAAAAAAACUCAUGUAAUUUCUGUAAAACAAAUGUACUGUUUUAUUUUGCUGGUUCAAUAUCACUAUGAAAUAGAUUUAAUGAAAUGUUUAAUUACAAUUAAUUAUUGGUAAGGUUUUAACUUUAACCUAAUCUUGCUCAAUGAGUUUUUUAUGAAUGUUGUUGUACAUAGACAAGAAGAAUGGCUCAACUAGUGAAAGUAUUUUGUGUAAAUGUUUUUGUUGAAGAAUGGCUCAACUAGUUGAAAGUAUUUUGUGUAAAUGUUUUUGUAGAAGAAUGGCUCAACUAGUGAAAGUAUUUUGUGAAAAUGUUUUUGUUGAAGAAUGGCUCAACUAGUUGAAAGUAUUUUGUGUAAAUGUUUUUGUAGAAGAAUGGCUCAACUAGUUGAAAGUAUUUUGUUUAAAUGUUUUCGUUGAAGAAUGGCUCAACUAGUGAAAGUAUUUUGUGAAAAUGUUUUUGUUGAAAGAGUGGCACAAAUUGUUGGAUAUUUUCAGUCUUGGAUUUUUAUUCCCAAUAGAAAAAGACCAUGUAAUUUUUCCUUCGUUUUUAAAGCAUUCAUUACAUUUUGUAUACCAUCCUAAACAGGUUAGGGCCUGAGUCUAGAGAAAAUGUUUUUGGUAGUUGAGCCACAAUCCUUACAGUGACUUACAAUAGCAUCAAUGAUCUCAUUACUUGUACAUUAACCAACAGACUGUAGCCAUUCUGGUUGUUCAGAUUUAUUUGUUUUUACUGAAGCUCUUAAAAACAUGUCUUUGUUGUUAGGCUAAGAUUGUGUAACACUACCUGCCAUUGUUAGGCUAGGCUAAGCUUAAAAAAACCAAAAGUAUUUCAUGACUAGUGUCUUCAGUUUUAUCCAACCAGAAACAUGUACUGUACAUAGGCAUGUAUAAACCAGCGUCAAACAUACAAGCGUGUACAUAGUGGACGAACAUUUGGAACAGAAUACUCUAAUGUGUGAUCUAUGGCUAUGGCUCUUGUAAAAUGUUGGUGACUAUUUAAUGAUCUGUAUAGAAUGUUUUCUUGUAAAUAUUUUUGUUUUUAACAUUUAAUACACACCACCACUUUGAAUGUGACUUCUAGAUCAGAAUUGCCUACACAAACUAAACAUUCCAUUUCUCAAAUUUGUACAAAACUAUAUAUUUUGGUAAAAACAUUCAUAAUUUUACACUAUUGUUAUUUAUAAAAUGUUUGAAUGCAAAUGUUUUAAUUAAUUUCUUUACAAUCAUACACUAUAUAAUUAACAUUAAAAUUUAAUUAGAAUAUCGUAUCAUUUUGAGCAAUUAAUUAGUGUACCUGUCAAUGUGCAUUGACUUUUUUAGAGAUUUCCCCCUAAUUUAAUAUUCUGUAGCUUUUAAAAUGAGCUCCUUUAUUUAUUCAGUUUUUUUUUUUGCUUGCAUAUGAAACUUUUAUUAAAAACAUUUUCCUGUGAAAAUUAGAAAGUGUUCUUCAAAGUUUGCAGCAAAAAAUUAAGAUGUAUACAAGUAUUGUGUAGAUCACAGGGCCUUAUGAAAUACUUUGUGUUACCUUCACUAAGCAGCAGGUUAUGCAGUUUACAAUCAUCCUGAUUUUUGUUCAUAUAUUUUUAAAGUUUGUAUAUUUUUAAACACAGGCAUAUUUUAUACCUAAAGUUUGUACAUUUUUAAAAACUGAGGCAUAUUUUAAUAUUUGUCAGAUUCCCGCCUUGUACUUGCUCUAACAUUCCAUUAUAAUCUUUGUACAUUCAAAAGAUGAAACUUUUAUACAGAUUUUUUGUAAAUAAAUUAUUGUUGAA